AUGUUCAGGGACAACACUAUCUCUGUCGAACAAUCUGCCCAAUCACUUUUGGGCCGUAUCGAGGAACGAGAUGCCAUUGUGAAGGCCUGGGCCUAUUUGGGUGGGAUUAAUCAUGUGUUAUUGUACACAGAAUUUGUUUUGAGCCAAGCCCGAGCUUUAGAUCAAGUUCCCUACGAAGAAAGAGGACCAUUACAUGGCCCAGCAAUAGGCGUGAAGGAUAUCAUGAGUACCAAAGGUAUUACGCAUGGCUCACUUGACCAGUAG